AUGGCUCAACCCAGUGCUGCCCCGACGGGCAAGUUUCAGGCCUUGACCAUCUUUGGCAUUCAGACCCCGGAGACGGCUGAAGUCAUCAAGGCUCGCCAGGAAACUCUCUACGGCAAGCAGGAGCUCUCUGCCAAGGAGUUGAAGAAGCUUGCCAAACUCGAAAAGUUCCUGGCCAAGCAGCAAAAGCAAAAGGCGGACGACAAAAAAGGCAAAUCCAAGCGCGAGGAGAAGCGCGAGCAGCGUCAAGCCAAGGAGACUGAAGCUAGCAAGGGCGACAAUUUCGUGUACAAGGCUCCCCCCAGCGGCCAGAAAAAGGAUGUGGCGGCGGGCAUGCCCAAGAGCUACCAGCCCACCAUUGUGGAAGACUCGUGGUACUCUUGGUGGCAACAGUCUGGCUUCUUGAAGCCCGAGUACAACGAGGAUUUCUCAAAGCUCCGCUGCAACAGCGAAGACAAGAACUUUACUCUCGUGAUUCCUCCCCCCAACGUCACGGGCACUCUUCAUCUGGGCCAUGCCCUGACCAAUGCCAUCGAGGACACUGUUGUGCGCUGGAACCGCCAACUGGGCAAGACCACGCUCUGGAACCCGGGAUGUGACCACGCCGGUAUUGCCACUCAGAGCGUUGUUGAGAAGCGCAUCUGGCGCGAAGAGAAGAAGACUCGCCAUGACCUUGGCCGUGAAAAGUUCCUCGAGCGUGUCUGGGAGUGGAAGGAGGCCAAGGGCAACCGCAUCUACGAGCAGCUCAAGGGCCUGGGCGCCUCCUGCGACUGGGAUCGUGAGGCUUUCACCAUGUCGGAUCGCUGCUGCCGUGCCGUGACCGAGGCCUUUGUGCGUAUGCAUGAGGAUGGCCUCAUCUUCCGCAGCGUGCGUCUGGUCAACUGGAGCUGCCGCCUCAACUCGGCCAUCUCGGAUAUCGAGGUGGACAAGAUUGAGCUCACGGGUCGCAAGAUGCUCUCCGUUCCUGGCUAUGACGAGAAGGUUGAGUUUGGUGUUAUCACGUCCUUUGCCUACCGUUUGGCCGAUGGCGACGGCGAGUUGGUGGUUGCCACCACGCGUCCCGAGACCAUGCUUGGUGAUGUGGCCGUGGCUGUGCACCCCAGUGAUGACCGCUACAAGCAUCUCGUUGGCAAGAAGCUUGUGCACCCUUUUAUUGCCGACCGCGAGAUGGUCAUUGUUGCCGACGACUUUGUGGACAUGGCUUUCGGAACCGGUGCCGUCAAGAUCACACCUGCCCACGACCAGAACGAUUACGAGUGUGGGCAACGUCACUCGCUGCCCAUGAUCACUGUUGUGACCAAGGAUGGCCUCAUUGCUGAGGGCUGCGGUGACUUUUCCGGCAUGAAGCGAUUUGACGCACGCAAGGUGGUGCUGCAGCGCCUCGAAGAGAUGGGUCUCUACCGUGGCGUGGCAGAAAACCCCAUGGUCGUGCCCAAGUGCAGUCGCUCAGGCGACAUUAUUGAGCCCCUGCUUGUGCCGCAGUGGUUCUGCGAUUGCAAGACCAUGGCCGAGCGCAGCGUGGCUGCCGUUCGCAAUGGCGAGCUCAAGCUGAUCCCGGACGCCCAUGAGAAAACCUGGUUCAACUGGCUUGAAAACUCGCGGGAUUGGUGCAUUUCGCGUCAGCUGUGGUGGGGCCACCGCAUCCCAGCGUACUUUGUGUCUGGCAAGGGCAUUCCCGAGGCUGAUGGUACCAACAACGAGUUCUGGGUCUCGGCGCACUCAGAAGAAGAUGCUCGCAAAAAGGCUGCUGCACGCUUUGGUGUUCCCGAGGCUGAUGUGAAGCUGCGCCAGGAUGAGGAUGUCCUUGAUACUUGGUUCAGCUCGGGCAUUUUUCCCAUUUCCAUCUUCAACUGGCCCGAUGUUGACCACGCCGAGUUCCAAAAAUUCUACCCGGGUCAUCUUUUGGAGACUG